AUGUCCCAAAACUCUCUCCAGCCUGACGACCCUCAAAAUGAUUUUCCUUCCUACGCCAACGACGAGAACAAAGGACUAAACAAAGAAAUCAUCGAGAAAAAGGAGUUCGUUUACAGAUUUACCGAAGAAAUCGAAGAAAUCAAUGAGCGCGUAAAAAUCCUCACAGACCACUUCAAAAACGUCCAAGAAGAGCUUGUCCAUACCCAAACUCUAGUGGACACUGAAGUCAAAGAAAUUGAAAGCGAAGACCACUUAAAGCAGCUUUCCGAAAGGCAAAUUGGCAGACUCUAUUCAGAUCUCCAAAAGCUUGAACAAGAAGCAGCCGAGCAGCAAGACCGCUUGAACAGCAUCCAAAAUCAGAUUUUCAAAGGGAACGAGAAGCUUGACCAAUACAAGCUCAAAAUGAACUGGAACCAAGAAGAGCUCGAACAGUGGGCCUUGGCAAGCAGACAAAAAGAAGACGACAAUUUGACCCUGGAAAAGUACAGAAGGGCUGACGAGGCAAAAAUCAAAGAACUGACUCUGCAUAUAGAAAAACUCACAAUGGACGUCAGACAAAAACAGGAAGAACUAGACCGGGAAGUCACAGAAACCCAAGCUAAACAAAUCGAAUUGGACAAAACUGCAGAAGAGUUCAAAAGAAUGCACGCUGAGCGGCAUGAGCUUUAUGAAAGGCUGCAAGACACUGUGAAAGCUUGUCAAAGGCUUGACAAAUCCCUUCACGACGCUGGCGAAACUUUUGGAAAUGACAGGUUUCGGAUCCGCAAAAAACAAGAAACCCUCUCCCAAAGGAUCAAAAAUCUGCAGAAGGUCCAAAUUGAUAACCAACAAGCCCAAGGCGAAAACACCUUGUAUUUAAGACAGCUAGAAGCACAAAGACUGAAAGAAAUCCAAACUGAGCAGGAUUUAAAGAGCUUUAAAGCCGAAGUCGAUAUCACAAAAAACCAAUUAAGCGCUUUAGCUUCAGAUUUGGCUGGAAAAAGAGCUCAAAUUAUUGCUCUGAAUAAAGAAUUAGCAGAAAUUAAGCAGAGAUUUGAGGAGUCAAAAAAGAAAGAAAUGCAGACAAGGCUUAAGCUGAGAUCAGAAUGUGCGAUGACUGAUAACUUAGAAGCCAAAGCAAAAGCAGAAGAGCUUGAAUAUAAGGUAAAUCAAGAUAUUCAAGAAGGCUUAGAACAAGAAAUAAGAGACGCCAAAGAAAGGCUGUUUAAAGAAACCCAAACUUUGCUUGACCUCCGCUCAGUUGAAGCAAACUUGUUAGGCGAAAUAAAAGGAGCUCUAGCAGCAGGGAGAAAUCUCCAGGCAGCAAUCAGCAAGAGAGACCAAGAAAUCCAAAGGCAGCACGUCUUGCUUUAUAACGCAGACUACCUCAUUCAAUUUAUGCAGCGAAAAGUAGAUGAAGCCAAAGGUGUUCAAGUGACUGACAAAAACAAAGAUUUAUUGAUAAAAUGUGACGAAAAAGAGGCAGAAUUAAAAGAAAAAGAAGAGCAGCUUGACAAAGUCUCUAAAAGUGUCAAAGAGCUCACAGACGACUUAAGACUUAUUGAAAGAACUAUAGAAAAAACCCAAAAAGAAGAAAGCGUCUUAUCUAACAACUACCAAGAAAUGACGCUGCAAAUCAAGAUGAUUGAGCUAGAAAUAGAAAAAGAACAAAAGCGAAAAGACGAAGUCUUGGUACAGCAUGACACUAUGAAACUAGAAGUAAAAAAACUUAAAGAUAUACUGUGUGGAGAAGCAGACAGGCUGUUUUCUGUAGAAAACAGAAAACAGCAGCUUAAAAUGAGUAUGGAAGAGCGUGAAAAAGAAAUCAACGUCCACAAAGAAACCCUGCUUGCUGAACAAAGAGCUGCUGAGGACGAAAAACAUAAAGUUCUGGUAGAGCUUGCAGACAGAAAAAGCAAGGUGCAAAAUUUAAAGGUGAAAUAUGAAAAUCUGUGCUAUAAAAAUAGAGCACAAGAAGAAGGAGAAGAAAGGACACAAGCGUACUAUGUGAUUAAGGCUGCACAAGAAAGAGAAGAGCUACAAAGGUAUGGGGAUGAGCUGGACUCAAAAAUAAGGAAAGCAGAAAGAGAAAUAAGGGCUCUAGCAAACACUCUUGAACACCUUAAAGGAAGAAACAGCAAGUUCAGAGACUCAUUUGCUGCAAAAGGCGACGAAAGUGAGCAGCAAAUGAAAAACGCUUUAGAAGACCAAUGCAGAGGUGCAACAGAGCAGCUUUCUAAAAGAGAAAGAGAGCUUAGGACGCUACAAAAACAAUAUGAAGAAGACAUGAAGCGACUGAUGGAAAUCCAAACAAGAAAUGACACUCUUAAAAGAAUGGCAGCAGAAACUGAAAACAAUAAAGAACAGCUAGGUUCACAAAUAAGCGUCCAACAAGAGAAGUUGGAAAGAGCUAUAAACUUGGCAAGAAAUAAAGAAACCUCGCUAGAUAGAGCUCAAGAACUUGACUUAAGGCUGCAGCUAGCAAAAACAAAGAAUAGGUGUUUAAUGUCAACUUUGACGAUAUUAAGCACUGAUAUUCCUGAAAUAUCACAUUUAAUUGAAAGCGCACUUGAACAGCAUGGAAUUAAAAUUCCGUCGAGACCUCCUUCGUCUGCUGGAAGCAGGAGUAGUAGAGCAAGCUCGAGAGGCAGCAGAAGAUAA